AUGAAUAUGAGUGUGGAAAACGGUUUGUUCCGCUGCGCCUCCAGCUCCCGCAUUAGUGGAAUUAUUCCUUCUUUUCAAAUGGUUUCGUUCAUUCCAGCGGAGAAAAGGUUAGAACUAUGGUCUUUGGGAAUGAUUAAAGAAUGCCCUCAACUUUUAGCAGUAUCACAAAUAAUAGCAACUGCCCGGUCGUUUUCUCCGACAAUUGCAAAUUUGCUGCGAGGAGGACAAAAUGCACACCCCGCUUUAUAUUUA